AUGCUACAUCACCCCCGAAAGCCGCGUCGUCUCAAAUACGCAAACCGGCCUCGUCCUGCCCCUAAUAUUCAACCUCUUUUCAACCCCCGAACAGGAAGCCAUAGCAGGGGCCCGCCUCAAACUCCUCUGCAACGCAACUCGCGCUUCAAAAUCGCCACCGGCUUCGCGGGGACACUGAUCGUCCGCCACGCUCUAACCGAAAUCAACGAGACACACCUCUUCACCCGCAUGCUCUACCACCACCACAAGGCCGGCAGCUGGCUGUACCAGGUCACCAUGGGCGCGACGACGCCCUGGGAGCGCUGGGAUAGCAUGUUACCCGAUGGGAGCGUGAAUCCCGGGGAGAUGACGAGCUUCAAUCAUUAA